GGCCUAAGCCAGUUGUCUGUAGAGGUGCGCGUGCGCAGUGGGUAGUGUUUGCUCAGCGCGCGACAGUGUCGUGGGUGAGUCUCCGACGCUAAGGGAGGAGUGGACCGAAAGCCGGGCACCAGCUGAGGCGGGCACACAAGUGGGCUUGGGGUCCGAGUCUCCCGUGCCACCCCCCGCCAGCAUCCUGUCUGGCUCAUGUCACGAGGUGUGUCCGCGGCGCGGCAGCUCCUAGGAUGGCGAGGCUGAGCAGCUGAUGGGCUGAGUGGCGGCGCCCCCGCUUCUGCUCACCUGAAUGCAGCUUUUCCAAAGCAUGGAACGUGAAGGACAGACCCUAGAGGUUUCGGAUGGAUGCCCGAAGACCCUAGAGACAGCUCCACUGAGAGUGAGGCGUGGUGUCAAGCCAAGCUGCCGGGUGUUGGCGCGGAUACGCCCCUGCCAUCCCAAUUAGGAUCAUGACUCCUGCGGGCAGCCAUGAAGUGGCAGAGAGUGUUUUUGACCUGGACUACACUUCCUGGAAGGUCCGCUCGACCCUAGCGGUGGCCGGCUUUGUCUUCUACCUGGGCGUCUUCGUGGUCUGCCACCAGCUGUCCUCCUCCCUGAAUGCUACCUACCGCUCCCUGGCAGCCAAAGAGAAGGUCUUCUGGAACCUGGCAGCUACCCGUGCUGUCUUUGGCGUCCAGAGCACGACUGCAGGCCUGUGGGCCCUGCUGGGGGACCCUGUGCUCCCUGCCGACAAGGCGCUCGGCCAGCAGAGCUGGUGCUGGUUUCACAUCACCACAGCCACCGGGUUCUUCUUCUUUGAGAAUGUGGCUGUUCAUCUGUCCAACCUGUUCUUCUGGACGUUUGACCUGUUUCUGGUCGUCCACCACUUCUUCGCCUUUCUCGGGUUUCUCGGCUCAAUGGUCAAUCUCAGAGCUGGCCACUAUCUCGCCAUGGCCACUUUGCUCCUAGAGAUGAGCACGCCCUUCACCUGCGUCUCCUGGAUGCUUCUGAAGGCCGGCUGGUCAGGCUCCCUGUUCUGGAAGGUCAACCAGUGGCUCAUGAUCCACAUGUUUCACUGCCGCAUGAUCCUCACCUACCACCUCUGGUGGGUGAGCCUCACGCACUGGGACGCCCUCGUCAGCAGCCUGUACCUGCCUCACUUUGCACUGUUCCUCUGCGGGUUGGCCCUGCUCACAUUCAUCAUCAACCCCUACUGGACACACAAAAAGACUCAGCAGCUUCUCAAUCCCGUGGAUUGGAACUUCGCACAGCCUGAAGCCAAGGGCAGCAGGCAAGAACGGACCAACGGCCAGGUGCCCCAGAAAAAGAGGCUCUAGAACCCAGGGACCAGGUGGAUGAUGCCGGUGGACGAGUGCCCAGGAUUCUGCAGAGCUCCAUACAUAGUGAACAGAUGAGGAUGUGAAUGAGCUUAGACCUAGGUGCAUACUAACUUGUUCUUUAGUAUUAAUUCUAAAGUAGCCAUGAAGUAUCGCUGGGGCCGUGGCUUGUCCGCAGGAGGUCUUUGCCAUCAUGAUCUUCUUCUGGUCUGGCCUCAACCAUCCUGUGUCUGUCAGGGGGCAGUGUCAGGGAAGGAGCCAUGGUGGCUAGGCGUGCAGGCUGCCAAGGAGGCCAGUCUGGAUCAUUGAAAGGAAUGACUAAGAAGGCCCCUAUGUGGGUGUGGACAUGCCUUGUUUGGAGUCAUGUUCUCUUUCAUUGCAAAGAACUGACCCAAGAAAAUGUGAUUUGCUCGUAUUUGCUCAUGAAUACUUCCUAGCAGGUGGAAUUUUAAGCCGGUGGCCACGCACCGCCCUCUAGUGGCAAGAAUCGGAAGGACACAGGGUAAAAGGUGAAAGGUAAAGGGUUCUUUGUGUCUUAUCAGAGUUUGCCCACCCCUCGUGGCACAGUAGAGGCGUGAAAGCUUGUAUUUUGAAAACAAAACCCCUCAAGGAGCCUAAUAACCCCUGUUUUGUUUUGUUUUUUUAAUGAAAACUUUUAGUGAUAUAUUUCUCAAUUGACAGAAUAAGGUGUCUGGCUCUUCGGGCUAUUUCCAAUUGACCAAAGUGGCCAGGCUAGCAUCCAGCUGUGCCCUGUCAAUUUCAGGGCAGGCAGUGAGGACUGCUCCCCUCCAGGCUGUGAGGGGGUGCUGUACCUAGAGUACCCACCCUGAGUUGCUGGGGUCCAGGACAAGCAGCCUGCCUGAUGUGACCCCACGCAAGUGUUCUCGCGGCACUGUUUGUGGGUACGAUGGCCAGGCACCGGCUAGCCACGCUAUUGGCAGACACGAAAACGUUCCCCAGGAGUGUGCAAUUAAAGUACAUUUCAUUUUUGUCAAAACCGCCUUUGAAACGGUGGCAGCUCUGGAAAAUCAUGUGCGACUUCUGCUUGCCGUGGAGCGGCGGCCUCAGCAUAUUUUGACUGAUAGCACUUUAACUUUAUCAGGAUGUAUGAUGCCUAUUUCUUUCUUUCUAAGAAAGCCCUUCCUCUGUGCCCCCAAGAUGCUCAGCUGCAAACCCUGUAGCUCCUGUGUCUGCUUUGUCGAGGCACCAGCCUGGUGGUUUCUAACUGGGCAGGAGUUUAAUAAAGCGACACCUGUUUACAGAA